UAGUAACGGCGUCGUGUUACAGUUGGAGAAGGCGCGCCGGAGAAGAGGUGGCUGAUAUAAAACACUUAUUUUUAUAUCUUUAAAAAGCGAAUUAAAGGCAGGAUUUCACCCCCUGAAGCUCCACAGGAUUGAGAUGUUACAGUUUAGGCUUUCAACUGCCCUGAAGAAGUUGUUGCCAACGAGCCGCGAUCGUCCAUUAACCGGCAUUGUGAGACAUAAAGGCUGCUUCAGCAGCAGCAGCAGCAGCCGCUCCUCCUGCCCUCCUCAUGCCCACCUCACCCCCGCACUGAGGAGCCUCCGCGCCGGCGAGCACCGCGCCCUGCCCCGCACCUGGCCGCCCUGGAGGAGACCCCUCUGCACUAAGACUGAGGGAGCGAUAGAGCCCAGCGAGCCGGCCAAAAAAGAUGAAACCAUACAGGAAACGACAGCAGAGGACAAGAGAAGAAAGGCGGGUAUCCUGCCCAGCCUGGAGGACCUGUUAUUCUACACCAUCGCUGAGGGCCAGGAGAGAAUCCCAGCCCACAAGUUUAUAACAGCACUAAAGGCCACUGGACUGCGAACAGGAGACCCCCGACUGAAGGAAUGUAUGGACAUGCUGAAAGUGACCCUCAAGUCCACGUCGGAUGGGGUGAUGCUGGACCGGCAUUUGUUCAAGAAGUGUGUCCAGAGCAACAUAGUGCUGCUGACCCAGGCCUUCCGCAAGAAGUUCGUCAUCCCCGAUUUCAUGUCUUUUGCCGCCCACAUCGACAAGCUUUAUGAUAAAGCCAAAAAUAUGUCUGGAGGUCAGGUUGCCGACUACAUUCCUCAGCUUGCUAAGUUCAGCCCGGACCUGUGGGCCGUUUCGCUGUGUACGGUGGACGGACAAAGACACACUGUAGGCGACACCAAAGUGCCGUUCUGUCUGCAGUCGUGCGUGAAGCCGCUAAAGUACGCCAUUGCUGUGCACGACCAUGGCACGGAGUAUGUACACCGAUUCAUUGGCAAAGAGCCCAGUGGCUUACGCUUCAACAAACUCUUUCUGGACGAGGACGAUAAACCCCAUAAUCCCAUGGUGAAUGCUGGUGCGAUUGUGUGUACCUCUCUGAUAAAGCAAAGGGCAAGCAAUGCGGAGAAGUUUGACUAUGUGGUGAAUUUCCUCAAUAAGAUGGCGGGGAACGAAUACGUGGGUUUCAGCAACGCGACAUUCCAGUCAGAGCGUGAAUCAGGUGAUCGGAAUUUCGCUAUCGGCUACUAUCUGAAAGAGAAGAAGUGUUUCCCUGAGGGCACAGAUAUGACGUCCAUCCUGGACUUCUACUUUCAGCUCUGCUCCAUUGAGGUCACGUGUGAGAGCGCCAGUGUCAUGGCGGCGACGCUGGCCAACGGUGGCUUCUGUCCAAUCACAGGCGAGCGAGUGCUGAGUCCUGAGUCCGUACGCAACACACUGAGCCUCAUGCACUCCUGCGGCAUGUAUGACUUCUCCGGACAGUUCGCCUUCCACGUGGGUCUGCCGGCCAAGUCAGGCGUGGCUGGGGGCAUCUUGCUGGUGGUACCCAAUGUAAUGGGCAUCAUGUGUUGGUCUCCUCCACUGGACAAGCUGGGCAAUAGUGUGCGUGGCAUCCAGUUCUGCCAGGAUCUGGUGUCCUUGUUCAACUUCCACAACUACGACAACCUGCGGCACUUCGCCAAGAAGCUGGACCCCCGGCGUGAGGGCGGUGACCAGCGGCAGCACAUCUCCUUUGGACCCAUGGAUUACGAGAGCCUGCAGCAGGAGCUGGCUCUCAAAGACACUCUGUGGAAAAAAGUCUCGCCCACUGAGUCCAAUGAGGACAGUUCCACCACUGUAGUCUAUAGGAUGGAAAGUCUCGAGGAGUGCUACUAAGCGGACCUGCUUCACCUGGACGGCGUUAACCCGUGGGCCCGACAGCUUUAUUUAUUUUACUUUGCUUCGUUUUUUUGUUUCUUUUGUCUUGUUUUAUUUGUGAGACUGUCUUACCAGAGUUUUCGUCUCUGUCUUCCUCUCUGCAAGGGUCCGUCAUGUCCCCUCACUGAGGUAGACACUGAUGCAGCUGCUCUGCUUCUGUUUGUGUUCUCUGUAUGUGUUACACUGCAGGAAACCAAAGUAAAACGUGAGAAGGAGGAGGAGGUGUUUGUUUCAUAAGUCAGGCUGUGUGUUAAUAAGAGGAGGGCUGAAAGUGCACUGACAGGUUAAAGUGCAGUUAAAGGGCAAGGAGGAAGAAACCGCUUCAGUGGAGCUUUAUUUUUCUAUUCAUUUCAGUUCUCUCUCUUUUACCAGCAAGUGUUAAAGGGGAAUUCUAAACAAAGUCAUUCAGAGAGAAGCUAAAUUAGUCAAAUGAUCAGUUUGUAGAAAAAAAAAUAUUAAGAAAACCUUCUUAAGCCCUGUCUAGACGGGAUUAGUUUUUCUAUGAUAUAACGUUAGUAGUUUACGUGGAUCUCCAUGGAGAUGGGCGCCCGAAGUGUAAUAACAGUGCGUGGCAGUAGACAAAUAGCUAUUUUAUUAAAUGCAGGGUGACUAAACUCAGAGAUGUGGAUCUGGACGGGACUAAAAUUACUGGAGGACCACAGAGUUAAGAUAAAAACAGUAGGUAAUUCAGCCUGUAAUUUUUAAAGGUGUCUGAGAAAAAUACAUACAUGGUUGUUCCGGACUGAAAUAAAAUCACACAGGACCCCCCAUAAAAGACAAAAUUACCCCAGGCCCCCCUGAGAAACUAAUCCCAUCCAGAUAGGGCUUUAGCUUAAAAAUGGAAAUCAGUGUAAACAGAUAAAAAGUUAUGCUGGAGCAUUCCUGUUGGUCCAUUCUUAAUGAUUAUUUGACAUAAUAUAAAGAAUAUCAUCAAGAUCUUUAUCUUCAAAAAAAAAGUGAGAAACGGCAAAAAAAAUGUAGAUGCAAGAAUUUCAUCCAUCAGUGACAAUAUAGAGGUGAGUGGAACAUCUGACAAGUUUGACCAUCUGGAGGGAAAACAAACUCACUGGCUGUCUCAAUUUUUUGUAAAUAUCUGUGCAAUAAUACAGUCCAGAACCAUAGUUUAAAAAAAAUCCUGAAUCUGUAGAAUCUACCCUUUCGAUUGCAUCAGAUCAGAUGUGAAUGUACAUGACUCACAUGCAGCAAAAUAUAAAUUAAGGGUUGAUAAUUUGUAAUUCUUUUGAUUCUUUUAUUUAGCAAUUAUAUAGUGAGGAAUUGCCUAUUGGUCAGUUUCACAUGAAUCCAGCCGUUAAACCCAUCAGGAGGCAGAAGAUGAGUUUCUCAGCUGUGCUGUUUUGUUGCAAAGAUAUUAAUAGACAUGAAGAAACAUCAAAUUUGACAAUUUAUCCAAAUAUUAUGCAAAAAGUUUGACCCCCAGAAGGUUGUUGACUCUAAAAGUCCAAAACUAAAUUGCCUAUUGGUCAGGUUUUUGUGAAUCCAGCAGUUUAAUAUGAGGCAACAAGAGGCAGAAGAUUUCUAAGUUUCUUAGCUGUGCUGUUUUAUUGCAAAGAUAUUUGCAAUAGACAUUAAGAAAUAUCACAUUUGACAAUUUAUGCAAAGAUUAUGCAAAAAGUUUGACCCCCAGACUCUAAAAGUCCAAAACUAAAAGUAUUGCUAAAAAUAUAUUGUUUUAUAUUAGUUUCAAGAAUGUAAAGUGUAGUUUUGUAGCAAUAUUUGUAAAUGAAAAAAGGGCUACUUUUCUUUCCUAGACAUUGUAACCUCCUUAUAGUUACUAAAACCUCCGCAAUAGAGAAGCCAAUUGCAACUGCAAGCAGCUGUUCAACAUCAGACAACUCUGAAUGACUUUAUUUGAACCCUAAUAGAUACAUUACUCAGAAUCUUCAGCCUCAAAAUCGAUGUAAUUCCUUCUUGAAAGAAAGUCAAUAUGAGUGAUGCUGCUAAGAGUGAAUGAAUGUGAACUGGCCUCAGUUAGCAUUGAGAAAUAGCUUGUGUUGAUAUAAAAAUUGCAAUUUGCUAACUGCUGUCUGUUUUCUUUCAUUCACUGUUAACAUCUAUUAAAGCUCAUCCUUUAGGAUGAUAAAUCAGGGGUGUACUACAGUCCUGACCGGCUGCUGAGUGGAGAUUAAAGCCUGUCUGAGCCACGUUGUGUUUGAGAAAAGGAGUCAUCCGGUCCCUAGUGGAUCUGGAUGUGCGUUAUCCAAAACUAGCCCCACCCCCUUCGCUCUCUGUAGUCGUAGCCCAGCGUGACGUCAGCAGUGUUUCUACAUCAGUAGCUUUGCUCCAUCAAUCGCAUCGUGAGCUUUUGAGUUCAGAGGAACGCUCACACGCUCUGACACACUCCCACACACUCUGACAUGCACCCCAUGGGACUACCCACAGUGUGUGUGUGAGUGUGUGUGUAUUGAUCGGGGUGCUGUGUGUUUGUGUGUUGUGUCAGAAGGAGGUGAGGUGACGCAGGCUUGCAUGACCUUCAGACUCUUCAGGACAUGCUAUAGCCUGAUAGCUUCCAUGGCUCAAGCGCUUCUGCUAGUUUUAUUAUUAUUAUUUUUUUAAAGGCUUUUCUGCAACAGCUGCUGCUAACCUGCUAACUAUUCCAGUGUAUGAAUUACAUACAGCAAAGGAAAAUUAAUUAUUAUUAUUAUUUUUAUUAUUAUUAUAACUGCAUAAAUAUGGGGUAGUGAAACAACAUAUAUAUGUAUAUAUAUAUAUUAUUGCCAUUAUCAUUCUUGUCUUAAUUUAACACAGAGUAUUGCUCUGAAAAUGUCUAAAAUGCUUAUAUAAAAUAUAUUUAAAAAAGAAAACUGUUUAAACCUGAUCACAAUACUGAGAUCAUAAGACCUUACAGCAGACAGCAGCGCCCCCUGCUGCCUCGCUUAAUUUUUUUUUACUGACAGGUCUGAGGAGUUUAAAGCUGUUGCAAUUUAAUUCCCCAAGCCUCACAUAUACUUUCAUAAACCUUGUAUUUCCUUGUAUUUUUGCCUCAGUUCUUCGCUUUUUGACAUUAUUUAAAUCUGACAGAUGAAUGGACCAAUGGAAAUGCUCCAAAAAGUCUUGGAAUUAAAUCUUUUAACACUGACGGACAUUGAAAGUUAGGAUUUUAGAGAUAUAAAAUUUUAAAAGUGUGUUAGAGCAACAGUACACAUCAGCCAUAACAUUAAUACCACCUGUUUAAUGCUGAGCUCUAAGUUUUCCAAUCAGCCAUAACAUUAACACCACCUGCCUAAAUUGGCGUCUCUCUAAUGCUUAUUAGAGUGCGCUAAUGGUGCUAAUGAUAUGGCUAAUUGUGUGUUAUACUAAACAUGCUGUAGUUGACACACUGUAAGAAGUGUCUGGGACUCUAGGAAUACUACAUAUCUGCCCUUGUUGAAAUGUCUUUAUGAAUGGACCAAUAGAAAAGCUUUAGGAUUAAUUGGUAUAAAAUGAUAUUGCUAUUUUACAUUGACCUCCAUUGCAGGUUAAGAAGGUCUUUCAUAAUCCUGUAAAGUUGCCAUUUUUCAAGAUAUACAAUGUUUGUGCAUAACAGUAAUAAUACACUAAUAAGCCAUAACAUUAACGCCACCUCCCUAAUAUUGAGCAGUUUUUAACAGAUCUGACCAUUCAUUGCAUGAACUUCACAUGACCUCUGAAGGUGUUCUGUGAUAUCUUGAUAUCCUAAAUGUUAUGGCUGAUUUGGAGUAUACUAAACACGCUGUAGUCGAAUUAGAGAAGUGUCUAGUCACUAUUCAGCAGCCGGAUCAGAUGCAUAAACAGUCAGUAUCUCACACCAAAUCUAUCUUAUCUCUCUGCCCUUAAUGCUGACCUGGCCCCGUUUGCACAUGUACAUAUUUCAGCAGAGGCCUUAGAUCUAAUGCUGCUUCUAGCUAUUCUGGAACCUAUCUGGUGUUCUGCUGCUGCUUAAUGUACUGUUGAACAGAUAUCGUGCAUCAUUUAACUUUACUCCAUCAUGGUUAAUGCUUCAUCAUGGUUGUGUGGGUUGAAGCCUCGCUCAGGAACUGCAGCAGGCCAGGCGAUGAUGUGCACACAUGCAUAUUGUAUUGCUUUAGUGGAGGUCAUUAAACUUCUAGUUAUUCUGCAGCUAUUGUGGUUGCAGUAUCCCUUACUGGGUUGCCUGGGGCAGCGGUUCCUGAUUGAGGCUUUAGUCUUUCUGUUUUUUUUUUUUUUUUUUUAUGGUUACUGUUGCAAGAAAAGGGAUUGCAGAAUUGCAGCUUUUGUAGAUGCGGUUUUGGGCUGUUCACUUAAAAUAUGAGAACAAAGUGACAGCCUGUAGAUUAUUAAAGAGAAAAAAAGUGGAGACUGCUAUUAGGGGUGCACAAUAUGAUACAAAUAUAAUAUCACAAUAUUUAAAGACAUUUUUACAAUACAAAAAAUAUAGUGCAAUCCAAGUGAUUGCAGAAAAAUGCAUUUAAUCAGUUCUAUUCAAGUUCAAUCUUACAUUUGAUGCAUUUUAUCCAGUUAAACAGGACUAAUUACACGCAUGUAUAAGCUUUACAAAAUGUUAUCUCAUAUUUCUCAGUCUGCGCAUGUUUGAAAUGUACAUCAAAGUGAGCAAUGAUGUCACCAUGUUUCCCUUCUAAUGGUGAGCUAAACAAAAUGUCAAAUAUUUUCUCUAAGGUUGAGCUUUCAGUGAAGUUCCUCCAGCAUUAAGGCUGGGUGCAGCAGCAUUAGCAUUAGCAGCGUUAGCGGGGCGUAAAUGCCACCCAAGGAACCCUGAGUGUUCCGGUAACCCAGGACACUGUCUUCUGAAUGACAAAAAUGCUAGUGCUGCAGGUAGAUGCUAAUGCUUAUAAAAUUUAUUAGAAUUAUUUUUUUUUUUUUUUUGGAAAAAUUAAUGGAUUUUAAGUGCGCCUUGUAGUAAAAAGAAAAAAAUACAGUAAUUGUAUACCAGUGACAUAAUGAUGAUAUAAUAUCAUAAAUGAAGAUUUUAUAUGACUUAAAGUUGAUCAACUGGCUUAUUGACAUUAAUAGGUGCAGAAAUGAAAUUUCUGUUUCAUGAUCCAAAUACUAAUUACUGAUUAAGUGCAUGUAAGAGCUUUGUUUGGAACUUUGAUUACUAACAGAUCCUGAUUUGCUGCAGUUAUAUUAUUGAGUCAUAUUGCCCACCCCUAAUUAUUCAUGCCUUCUUGCAACAGCAACUAAAUGAAUGUUUGUUUGUUGUUUUUAUUAUUAUUAUUAUUAUUAUUAUUAUUAUUAUUAUUAUUAUUAUUUUAUCUGACAGUAACAGCAGCCUUCAGGCUGACGUUUAUGAGUGUUUCUUUCUUUAUUUUAUUCACUCUUUGUUACUACUAUGUGUAUAAAUUGCUAGGCCUCAUUAUUUUAUGUGUAGAGCAUGUAAGUUUGUAUUCACUGGUUAUAUAUACAGUAUAUAUUAUAUAUUGAUUAUAUUUUAUUUUUUCAUGAUUUUGUACAAGCGUGAUGAGUAACAAGGCAUGUGUUAUAAGCUUGAUUUUUCCCCCCCUCCCCUUUUGUGUCUCACAUUUGUCAUUUGAGCUCUUCCAAUGAAUAACCAUCAAUUUCAAUUUUAGCUUUAAACUUUAUUUUAAAUCAUGAAACUACUUCUUUUUUCCUGAAGAUAUUUUAAAUAAAAUGAUGUACAAUAGUAAAAGGAAGAAAUGGUUGAUAAUGUGGUUAUUCAUGUGAGAAUAGCUCAUGUUCUCUUUCUGUUUCCAUGUUAAUGGACUGGAUUUGAAUGCUUGUGUAUUUUCGGUGCUGCUGCAGUUUCUCUGAGCCUGCCUCUCGCUCUUCUGAUUAUCUGGUGGUCUGGUUGGAGCGUUGGGUAAGAGCGGGAGGCAGUCUCCCAUUGUAAAAAGGUUAACGGAAGCAGGACACGAUGAUUACUUGAACAAUGAAGGGAAACUAAAUUUUUUUCUCUGUAUUACUAAUGUGACUAUUCCUGUAUAAACUGUAAAACAGCCAUGCUCUAAAGGUCUUGGCUUGCAGUAGCAGUAUUUAUUUAAAGAUGCUUUCAGUUGUUACACUUUUCCAGUAUAUAACAGGUUCAACUUACUGCUUCAGAUUUCAAACACAGUGUUGCUUUUCUCUGCUUGUUUUAUUUUUUUGUGUGUUUGUUUUUUCUUCACUUUUAGUGUCUUGCUGAUAAUUCACAUUUUUGUAUCAUUUUAAUAAAUGUACUUAACCUCGUCUCA